GUGAUGCUUUCUGGGGACCGGACGGGGGCUUUUUGGCAGGGCCGCGGCAGCUAAAGCCCUACUGAGCGAGGCAAGCCUCGGUUCGAAGCAGAGGAGCCCAACUCUUCGAGUCCCAGAGGAUGCAAACCACCGAGCACCCCACAUUGCGGUACCCACCAGGGCACAGCUGCCUCCCGGAGAAGCAGCCCGAGGAUCCGUCCUGUCGGUAGGCAGUGAGCCCUCCGGAGUCGCGCUAGAGGGACUGUCCCCUGUUUCACAUCUCGCUGGGUGGACUAUGGUGGCAGGAAGAUGCUGGCUCGGAAGAGUAUUAUCCCUGAAGAAUAUGUGCUGGCACGGAUCGCUGCUGAGAACCUGCGCAAGCCCCGCAUCCGAGACCGGCCACGCAAAGCCCGCUUCAUCGCCAAGAAUGGGGCAUGCAACCUGGCGCACAAGAACAUCCGCGAGCAGGGGCGAUUCUUGCAAGACAUCUUCACCACCUUGGUGGACCUGAAGUGGCGUCACACACUGGUCAUCUUUACCAUGUCCUUCCUGUGCAGCUGGUUGCUCUUCGCCAUGAUGUGGUGGCUGGUGGCUUUUGCCCAUGGCGACAUGGAUCCAAGCACAGAGGGCACCACAAACAGCACAAAGUGGACACCUUGCGUGACGUGUGUCAGGUCUUUCACCUCUGCUUUCCUCUUCUCCAUUGAAGUUCAGGUGACCAUUGGUUUUGGGGGCAGGAUGAUGACAGAGGAAUGUCCCUUGGCCAUCACAGUCUUGAUCCUACAGAACAUUGUGGGUCUGAUCAUCAAUGCUGUCAUGCUGGGCUGCAUAUUCAUGAAAACUGCACAAGCUCACAGGCGGGCAGAGACUUUGAUUUUCAGCAGGCAGGCAGUCAUUGCAGUUCGAAAUGGCAAACUUUGCUUCAUGUUUCGAGUAGGAGACCUGAGGAAGAGCAUGAUCAUCAGUGCCUCGGUGAGAAUCCAGGUUGUGAGGAAGACUACGACCCCUGAAGGAGAAGUCAUACCCAUUCACCAAGUAGAUAUCCCUGUGGAUAACCCCAUUGAAAGUAACAAUAUUUUCCUGGUGGCUCCCUUAAUCAUUUGUCACGUCAUAGACAAGCGGAGUCCUCUUUAUGAUAUCUCUGCUGCUGACCUGGCACUCCAGGAUCUGGAGCUCAUAGUGAUACUUGAAGGCGUCGUAGAAACGACUGGCAUCACAACGCAGGCAAGAACCUCCUACAUAGCAGAGGAGAUCCUGUGGGGUCACCGCUUCGUGCCCAUCGUCACUGAAGAGGAAGGCGUAUAUGCUGUUGACUACUCCAAAUUCGGCAACACCGUCAAAGUGGCAGCACCACGUUGCAGCGCUCGAGAGCUUGACGAGAAGCCAUCAAUUCUCAUUCAGACCCUGCAGAAAAGUGAGCUGUCCCACCAAAACUCCCUACGGAAACGCAAUUCCAUGAGGAGAAACAACUCCAUACGGAGGAGCAACUCCAUGCGGAGAACCAAUCCCUCUCUCAUCGUGCCCAAAGUGCAGUUUAUCACACCCGAGGGGAGCCAGAGUGCCUCAGAAACGUGAUACACAGCCUUGUGUGAGGUCGAGGAGUUCAAAAGGAGGAGGCACUGUCGUGUUUGAUUUAAAUUUUAUUCUACUGAAAAAAAUGAGAACAUGAUGCAGAAAAGGACUGUUCAAGAACUAUUUAUUAUAUUACUUACUGAAAGCACCACCUAAUGGCAUUAGGAAACACAUUAGCACUUAGUGUAUGAAUUAAUAAAAAUGGCACGUACACUAAAGAAAACACAGUCCACUCAUGUAAUAUAAAGUGUAUUUAUACUUCUUUUAAUGGCAUACUAUUUUUUUUAAAUCAUAUUUUUCCUAUCAAAGGUCUCUUUCUUAUCUGUUUCUGCUGGCUGUCGCAAAAUGUGUUUUUUCCUGUAGAACUGGGUUACCAACCUGCAGGCAGAAGUUCAAAAUUGCUGCGUAUCAACAGCUUGAACAUACAUUGUGUGGAAUAUUUGGAUAUUGAUCUUCUUGGGGUGAAUUCUCUGUUCUCUUGAAAAGAGUAGCUAAAUUCCUCAGUGAUUUCACUGGAGAAGAGCCAGGAUUUUCCCUUCAGUUUUCCAAGUCUUUUCUUUCCAUUGUCUUAUGGUAAAGUCAUUUUGAGAGCAAUGCCAGUCAGCCAAAGUGACCUGGCCACCCCAGAAGAAACCUGGUGCCACACUGGGCAGAGCCAGGAGAAAAAAAAAUAUUUCAGCAGGCCCAUGAAAUGGCAUGGCCUCUUGCAGGACACUGCUCUUGUUCUGUGGGUGAGAUACACGACUGCAGGCGUUUGUUAUGUAGCUGUAACCCAAGACUCAAGUCUUCCCAGACACCACUUGAGCAUCUAUGUCGCUGAAAUUAUUCAAGUUGGAAAAAGCACACAUGUCCUUAACAUUCUCCUUGUACUGGUGGAAGACCAAAUCCUGUUUUGUUUUGUUUUGGUUUUUUCUCUUACAGAUUAAUAUAUUGAAGGCAGGAAGCCUAUUUCAUUCACUUACAUUACUUUUGCAGGAUUAAGUAUGUUUGCUUCAGCAGGUUACUUUUUUUGCCAGUGAGAAUUCAUGAAUGGGAAUGAGAGGGGAUCAUGGCAAUAAUAUUAAUGAUAAUAUUUUCAAAACCAGAUGAACAAUUUUCAGUUAGGGGGAGUAGGGCACUGCUGCUGAAGUAUUUUUCAGCAGUGUCUCUCUUGUGUUUUUAUGUAAAAUGGCAGUGAAAAUUGGUGGUAAGCAGCUUUUCUCUUCAAAUUAAAAUGGGCAUUUGUUAUCAACAUCCUUCUCCAAAAUGUCACCACAAGUUUUUCUACAAGAAUAAAUGCAUAUAUAACAACUAAUUGUGUCACCUUUGGAAAUGCUAAAUUGAUGUGUGCUUCUUUCCCCGUGAAUAAUAAUUAUGGACAAAUUUCUGUUCAUGUUUCUUCCAGGAGUUGCCUUAUUAAGUCUCUGGCUCGAGGGAAGUACUGACUUCCCUCCCCUGUACUGACUCUGUAAACCACCCAACCACAUAAAUACUCCUGUAAUUUUAAAUAUCUGCUUACUCCUAUCAGGUAAAACAGUCAAGAACAAUGCCGGAGUCUCAUUCUCUUUGCAAGCCAGUUCAUCAGCACUUGCAUGGACAGUUUACAGCUUCUUUUGAUGUUGGUUGUGACAUGGAAGAGCAUUUCUGUGUAGCGUAGGCUCUGUAUAUUUGGAGCAGGUGCUCCCCACAAAAUAAACACUGACAAAAUGUUUUAUCUGAAGCAGUAGCAGAAACUGAAGUUUCUGCUAAAAGCAUUUAUUCCCUGUUCUGCCCGUCAAUGUUCUGGGAGGAUGGCUGGUGAACAUCUGGAGAUAUUAAUCUGUCCAUUGUGCAUCCAAACAAUGAACAUCUGUAGCUUCCAAGAAGAGUCAGAGUGAGUAUAUACAAUUUGUCUCUGGCCUCCAUUUCCAGGGCUACAAAUUUCUUUGAGGCAGUCUGUUUGAAAUAUGGUUAAGCCAAAUGCUGUACAAAAACAAAUUUUCUAAAAAAAUAAAAAGUGACAAUAAUGAUU